AGGAUAUAAUCUGCAAUCAUGGAGUUCAGGAUUUCAACAGGCAAAGAGCAACAAGUCAGUUUUAAAGAAGAGACUCUAAGAUUAACAGUGUCUGUUAAUGGUCAACUAACUUGCAGAGUUAGCUAAACUGUCCAGAUCAAAUGCGAGCCAACAGGAAAAGAGAAGUGGGGGGAGGUUCAAACAGGAAAGGAUGUAUCGGGAAUUGGUUGGAACAAAACUGGUAAAAUGUGCCUUAUGUUGCUGAAGUGAAAAUUAGGAACCAGCAAGACUGGGAGUGCUGGUUGUACCUGAAAAAGAUGGAGUCCUCAGUAGCAACAGGAGAAGAACAAUUUGGCACAUCUGUUUCUGAGUAUGAUGCUAUCACAGAGGGAAAUAAUCCCUGCAUCUCUCCCUCAUACCUGCAACCCAAGCAGAAAACCAGCUGGGAAGACAACGCAGAGCUACUGGGAGAGAGCACCUCUCCUUGCAAGCUUGUGCCUUUGUCCAAUGUGAAUGAGGGAAUUGCAUUGCAGCAGCAGCAGAAAGAUUUACCCCUGAAGAUAACCAUGGUAAAAUGUAAGACCGGGCUUCCCGACUCUCAGCUGCAGGGUUACCUGAGAGGACAACUUCGUCUACUGGAAAACGAUGACAAAAAAGCCAGGGCAGUUUUCUGUGAGUUGUCUGCCAGGCUGCUGUCCAUUCACAGUGAAGACCAACUAAUAGUGGUGACAUUUUGGACCUUUGAAGAAAUCUGGAAGUUUGUAACUUAUUAUUCCCUUGGUUUUUUAAAUCAUUGUAUGGAGAACCUGUUACUAGAUGACUAUUUCUGGCUCUCUUCAUCAGAGGAAUCAGUUGGAAUUGAUGUCAGUCUUGAUGAGGAAUGUCUUGGUAUGAUAUACAGAGGCCUCUUAAUUCAAGAAGGUACCUUCUUUGUAUAUCAUAAUGAAAACGUAAGCGAGAGAAGAGCUGCAGAUGCUGGAGUCGGAAUUCACCAGCUGAAUUGGUCCGCUACUGAGAAACCUCCUGAAGAAAUGGGGGGGAACCUGGCUAAGGGCUUUCCAGAGCCCCUGAUCCCUUUUCACCAGUGGUUUCUGAAAGAAAACACAGACCCUGCUGAUUUUGCUGUAAAAAAUGAAUCUGCAGUCACAGAUCAAAUAGCCACAGGAUUUUCUGUAGCAAUUGUUAGCCACGAAAGUGCUGUGCCGGAGGAAAUUGGCUUCCAGAAAGGAGACAGAAUUGAAAUUAUUGGCUACUUUAUGAAAUGCAUGAAGUGGUUUGUGGGAAGACAUGCCCCUACUGGCCAAGUUGGUUUUGUGCAGAGUAGCCAUGUCAAACCUGAUGACUUCGAGACGACUGCAGCAGAACCACCAUGCCUGGCUUUCUUUGAAGAUGAGCAUUCUUUUUCUGCGAAAGAAAAUGCCCUUUUGGAAGAAAAUGUGGUGAACCUCUUGGCACAAACAUCACAUUAUAACAUUUGCAAUUUAUAUCAAUUAGAUGGCCAAGAAGAUUUUGAAUUUGAGAAAUCUACUGAGCGAGAGAUGUCACAUUCCUUCCUUAACGAGCAUUCUGGCACAAUGAAAGACAAUAUGGUGCAGUCCCUGAUGAAAGUGAGAAGCUCACAGUUGCACAGGGAAGAGGUCAAGGAUCAAAAAAGGCCAUUCUCUGCUUCAGAUGAGGAGAUGCCUUCUAAAUCCCAGGAUCCACACUUCUGCAUAUGCCCAGAUGAUGGAGUUUGCGGGCCAGAAAUCCUUGAUUCCUUACUGUUGUUUCUGAACUGCAAAGGAUAUGAGAGCAGUUUCAAAAACAUAUACGACCUCUCAUUUUCCUUUCUUAGCACCCUAUUCCAUGGCUAUGCCAGUGAGGAAGAUCUGGUUGAUUAUUUUGUACUGGCAAGGGAAGCGGCGAAACGAGCAAGUCUGCCGAGGGCUUUGGCGAGACUCUGCUAUCUCCUGGGGAGAAUGAGUGUCCGGAAGUCCAAGCUUUCUCAAGCUCGAGUUUAUUUUGAAGAAGCUUUGGCAACAACACGGGGAGAUUUUAGUGACCUCUUCCUUAUAGCUUCUCUUUAUACAAAUCUAACUGGCAUCUACCUGAAACAAAAGAACAAGGAGAAAUGUGCUUGCUUUUUUGAAAAGGUUGCUUCUUUGCUUAUGGGAAUUCCCGACUAUAUCGGCAGCACCAGAAUGGAGUCAGAUAUUCUGAAGUAUGCUUUAAAAAGGGCAGUGCUGAGUCAGAGCAAGUAUGCAGAAGCUAGAGCCUGCUUCCUGCUAGCAAAACACUACCUGAACUUUCGCCAGGGUGAAGAAGCCCUGCCAUUCCUAGAAAGGCUGCAGCUUCUGAGCAAUGCCUUGAGUUUACAAAAUGGCUCAUUGUCAGUUGAUUGCUAUUUUAAGCUAGGUUCACUCUACAGUGAGAAGUGUUUGCCCUACCUUGUGCUAAGCUGUGUUAAGGUUGCCUCUUCUUGCAGCUCAUGUACUUUGUUGGAGUUAUUCAGAAGCAUUGACUUAGUAUUUAAAAAUGCUCCCAAAGUCCAUUGUUUGAAAACUGUGGGGCAAAGACACCCCUCCCAGACUGCAUAUUAUCUCAGACAAGUACUCCACUUGCUAGAGACCAGCAAAGAACACCCAAAGUUGUGCAGCAUGGUUUGUUGCAAUCUGUCUCUAUUAUAUAGCCACCACAAACAGUACGGAAAGGCAAUCGACUACAUGGAGAAGGCAAUAGAUACAAAUGCACAUUCAAGCAGUGAAGAACUUAUCGGUCAUUUAGUCUUCCUCAGUUGGCUGUAUAUUCUCCACCAUCAAAACACUGUGGCUCUGGACAUUUUAAAUGCUGUAGUAGAGUCUACACAGAGCAGCCAUCAGCAGUUAGGCAUUGUUCAUAACAUGAUUGCCAUUGUUUUAAAGAGAAUGAAGAAUACAAAGCAGGCAGCUGAAAGCUACUAUAAAGCCCUGAGCAUUUCAAGAGAGAUGGGAAUAGUACAUAAUCAGGCUGUGGCUUUGGCCAACCUUGGGAUUCUCUGUCUGCAUUCAGCUGCCAGAAGUCUUGGAGAGCAUUUCUUAAUUAAAGCAGUAACACUGUUUUCUGAACUGCCAAGUGUUGAGUGUGGCAGAGAUUUUAUAGACAUCCUUCUCAGGCUAGGAUGCUACUAUGCCAAUGGAAUUUAUAAAGAUAAAGGGAGAUGUUGUUAUGAAUGGGCAUUUUUGGUAGCAAUGGAAGCAAACCAUUUGGAAGGGCAGCUCCAGGCCGUUCAGCAUCUGUGUCAGUUCUACAGUACAGUUCUUCCGGAUGAAGCUCUGUGUGUCAUCUACAAUGAGUAUCAACUCUCCUUAGUUAGGAAAAUAUCUGACAAAGUCAUGGAGGGGCAGAUAUUGGAAACGAUCAGUCAGCUGUAUCUAUCUUUAGGCACAGAAAGGGCAUACAGAUCUGCCCUGGAGUACACUAAAAGAAGCCUUGGGAUAUUCAUUGAUCUUCAAGCAAAAGAGAGGGAGGCACAGGCUUGGCUUCAGGCAGGAAAGAUAUAUUACAAAUUGAGGCAGAACGAACUUGUCGAUCUUUAUAUCCAGGUUGCCCAAAAUGCUGCUCUGUGUACUCAUGAUCCUAAUUUGCAAAUGGAAUUGUUUGAAGCUUCAGGAGACAUAUUUUUUAAUGGAGAAUGGGAAAAGGAAAAAGCAGUGCCUUUCUACAGGGACAAGGCUCUACCACUUGCUAUUAAGAUGAAGAACAGCAAUGCUGAGCUCCGACUCUUCAACAAACUUGUGGGAUUGCUGUUAACUCUAAAGGUGUACGAGGAAUGUCUGGGGUAUGCACAAACAGCACUAAUGCUCAGUGUCAAUUUAGGGAAUCUGUUAAAUGAAAGGAUAGCCUAUCACCGGCUGGCUGUUAUCAACCAUCACCUAGGGCAAUGUGAACUUACUGAGCACUUCUUCUUAAAAGCCUUGUCUCUGUGCCCCUCACCUCUUGAGUUUGAUGAGGAAGCCCUAUACUAUGUAAAAGUGUACCUUGUUCUUGGAGACAUUACAUUCUAUGACUUAAAGGACCCUUUUGAUGCUGCUGGAUACUAUAACUUGGCCCUUGCAGCUGCCAUGGACUUGGGCAACAAAAAGGCUCAACUGAAGAUUUACACAAGACUUGCUAUAAUUUACCACAACUUCCUGGUGGACCGAGAGAAGUCUCUCUACUUCUACCAAAAGGCAAGAGCCUUCGCCACAGAGCUUAAUAUUCGCAGAAUAAAUCUCGCCCCUGAUCAACGUCUGAGGGCAUCAAGGGCACCGUUGAAAAAUGCCAAGUGAGGAUGUGGCAUCAGGGGACUUUGUGCUGGGGAGAUUUUGAUUCUCUUUGAGCAAAUUGUGACAUAUUCUUUUGCAUGUGAAAUGGUACACGGUGCAUAGGGCUCCUGACCUGAAUGCGGCUACUUUAGCUCUUGCUCUUGCAAAUGUGCUUGCAAAUGUGUCUUCUGUCCCCAAAUGAGCAGAAUGUAUGGGCUCCAGUGAAACGAGAGCAAAAGGUUCCUGGAGAGCUUUGGCAACAAUCCAUCUUACAAGCAGAUUUUGGACCAAAUUGUUCACAUACUCACUGUUGGAAACAGAGAAAUCUUAAAAUAUGAUUAACUGAAAUAAUAAAUAUACUGGCUGACUAA